AAUAAUUUCUAGAAGCUGAAUCUAUGCCUGGAAACGAAUUUGGAGAAAGGAUCCACAAUUUCUUUGGACAGGAGGGCUUAUCCCAAGACCAGCAUCAGUCUCAGGUUGUUGACGGAACUUGGUCCAGUUUUAGUAAUGGUCUAGUCGGCAACCAGAGGCAGAUAGACCCAUCCCUUGUUGCCAAUCUGAAUAGUUAUAGCACACAACAAUCUGUUGAUCCUGAGAGACGGCAAUCUUCAACUUCACAGCAUGGUUUAAAUUUUACUCAGCAGCCUAUGAGGUCUGAGUACUCCAGAAGUGUAUUACAAGAACCCCAACAACCCACAAAUGGUUACAUGCACGGGAACCUUGGGUUGCAGACCAUGCCGAAUGAGGCAAGUUUUGUGGGAAUGGAUGUAGAAUCUAGUAGGGAUAGAUUUUCAGGGAGAGGAUUCACUCCAGACCGUUUUAAAACUCCUAUGAGAUUUGAUAUGGGAGAAUCUCCGGUUAACUAUGAUUUCUUUGGUGGUCAACAACAAUUAAACAAUCAGCUCCCUGGCAUGCUUCAACCUUUUCCAAGGCAGCAGAUGACAUUCAACGAUAUGCAACUACUAAAGCAACACGCUAUGGUUAAGCAAAUGCAUGAAUAUCAAAUGCAACAACAACUUCAAAAGCAACAGCUAGAGGCCAGGCAGCUCAUUUCUUUGAAUUCAAACGCAGUCAAUGCAAGUCGCUCAAGUGAUAACCAAUCACAUCCUUCGAUUAGUGGUGUCCCUCUACAGGAUGCGUCUAAUAAUUGGUUGCAGCCAGAUCUUAUGACAGGAAAUACAAAGUGGAUGCAUCGCGGUAUCUCGCCAAUUGUUCAAAGUUCAUCCAGUGGGCUCAUGAUUACCCCUGAGCAUGGACAGGCAAACUUAAUGGCACAACAAUUUGAAACUUCCUUGUAUGGUAUGCCUGUUGGUGGGACAGAUGCACCUCAAAAUGCCUUUUCUUCUGUUCAGAUGAACAUGUUAGCUGCACAGCAUGGUUCUGCAAACAUGAGUUCCUCACUCACUAAUCAGCCAGCGUCAUUUCCGAAUCAAGGUGACGUACAGGACAGUCAUAUGCUCCCUAGAUCCACAUACCAGGAGAAUUUGUUCUCCCAUAUAUCAUCAGUUCCAGGUUCAAAUAAUGUUGGAAGUUUUCAGCAAGAUAAUUCCGGUCAGCAGAACAUUUCAGGGCAAGAGGAAUUUGGUCAGAUGGAGGGUUCUGGUCUAUCAGAAAAAUCAUUUAUGAAAGUGCCUGAAAAUAUAAAUACAUUGCAGAAGUCGACAACAUUGGAUCCAACAGAGGAAAAGAUUUUGUUUGGUUCGGAUGACAAUUUGUGGGAGGCAUUUGGAAACAGCACUGAUAUGAGCUUGACAGGAAAUCUUAUGUCCAGUAGUUCUGACCUUUUUGAUGCAUCUUUGCAAAGUGGGAGUUGGAGUGCUCUUAUGCAAUCUGCUGUAGCAGAAACGUCCAGUGAUGACGCAGGCGUACAUGAAUGGGGUAGUAAACAGCAAUCUGUAUGGGCUAACAACAUUACUGCCCAGGAUCCUGGUGUUCAUAGUGAUUCAACUCGAUCAACUGUUCAACAUUUGCAAGACAAAGGAAAUAUAGUUUCAGAUCAUGGCCUGUUGGAGAAGACAAUGACUCAACAGAGUCAAAUGGCUGGAAAUAUGUUUCAUUCUUUACGUUCUGGUAUUGAUGCGCAGAAUAAUUCGUGUUCUAUUGGAAAGAAUGAGGACAUUGAUGAUAGACUUGGUAACUGGAAGGCUGCUUCCAAUCCAAACUCAGCUGCUCUGAUGGAACAGAAGAAACAUUUAACACAAAAUCUACAAAUGCAAAGGGAAAUCUAUGGUACAGGAAAUGAUUCUAGUGCUUCGAGGGAUAUCCAGAAAAAUAUCCAACAGCAUUUGGAUAAUAACUCUGUGGAGAAAGCUACUCAUCAACUGAAAUCUGGAGACAGCAGUCAGAUUCUUGAGUCAUAUGCUAGUAAUAAUGUUGGUAAAGUCAUGACUGAAUCAAAUGAAAUUGGGAACUCCGGAAAGGAAAACUCAAGUGAUAGUUUUCGAUCAAAGUUCUCACCUCUUACUCAAGUAAAUGCCCAUGAUUUUUCUGUGUUGGCUGGUGGGAAAGAAACACAAUCACCUUCAAGAUCUGAUCGUUUAGUUAGGGAUGGAUUUAAUCACAAAGAAUCAGUGAAUUAUAUGCUGCAUUUUGGCCAAACUGUUUCUCAGAGUUUCUUCAACAAGAAUCAUGGAGCCUCGGCUGGAGCAGAUCAUCAACAAAUCAGUCCUCAAAUAGCUCCAUCCAGGUAUAGUCAAUAUGAGGCUUUCAAGAACGGACUGGUGCAACCCAUGAAUGAUACAGGGAGAGUCACUCUCUUGAAGAUAGGAGAACGAUAUUCUAACCUUGGGAAUUCUGAUGAUGGUUUACAUUCUGUUCAAUUGUCAAAGCAAUUAAAUACUGCGGAUCCUGGUUACGCUGUUCAUAUGCAACAAAUGUCAGGCUCCACACCAGGAGUGGAGACUCUCUCAUCUACCUCAUUGCCUCAUGGUGCUACUGACCAACUUCUGAAGGUUGAUAAACCAAAGAAGCGCAAAACCGCCUCAUCAGGACUUUUAUCUUGGAAUAAAGAAGUUAUGCAAGGUCCCCAGAGGCUUAAGACUCUCAGUGAGGCCGAGGUUGAUUGGGCCAGAGCAACAAAUCGAUUUGCUGAAAAAGUGGAAUUUGCAACUUUACUUGAGGAUGGCCCACCAACCAGUUCAAAGAGAAGGCUUAUAUAUACAACACAACUCAUGCAACAACUGUUUCGUCCCCUUCCUGAUAGGGUGAAAUUUUUAGUUGCUAGCUCAAAUUAUGAGUUUGUUGCUUAUACUGCUGCUAGAGCUGCGCUAGGAGAUGCAUGUAGCUCCACUUCUACUGACAGGAUUGAGGGCUUUUCGCCCCCGAACAAUUCAACCCCGUUGUCUGAGAGAACGGAAACUGAAAAAAUGAGUGACCAGUACAUCUCCAAAGCAGCUGAAGAUUUCAUUAGUAGAACAAAGAAACUAGAGACUGACUUUGCAGGACUAGAAAAAGGAACUACAAUUACAGACUUGAGAGUCGAAGUCCAGGAUCUAGAGAGGUUUGCAGUGAUCAAUCGUUUUGCAAGUUUCCACCAAUCGUCCUCAUCUAUGGACCGGUCUGUGAGUUCACUUAGGUUAAACCCACAGAGAUAUGUUACCGUAGCUCCAAUGCCUCGGCAUAUUCCAGACAGGUUAGUUGGUCGGACUUCUGAGAACAGUGAAGGCCUCCAUCGUCUGGAGGCCGGAGAUUUCGUAGUAGACAUGUAGCAUUACUGUAUGCAUAAUCAAGAAUAUAGGAUUUCGAAUCCAUAUGUAUACUUAGUAAAGAUAAUUUGCCCAU